CAAAAAAUAUAUAUCAUCAACCCACCAAAAAGCUUCCUUUUUCAUUCACAUUCACACAAAUUCAUCUUCAAAUACCGUAACCAAACAAAAUUGUUGACCAUUGUCUUCUUUGUUUCUUCUCUCUUCUUCAAUCUCCUCUCCAACCCAAAACCAUGGCCUCUUCCUCCUUAUCCCUCCUCUCACCCCCUUCCCUAACCUCCACCCAACUCCACAAUGCCUCAUCAUCAUCAUCCUCCGCCGCCAUCGCCACCACCGCCCGCCUUGUGCUGCGCACACCUAAACCCCUCCACCUACGCACCACCUCUCACCGACCCUUUUCUGUACGGGCUCAGUCAGCCCCUACUCUCACCCAAGACGACCUCAAAAAGCUGGCCGCAGACAAAGCCGUCGAGUACGUCAAGAGCGGAAUGGUCCUCGGCCUCGGCACUGGCUCCACCGCUGCCUUCGUCGUCGCCAAGCUCGGUGAGUUGCUCAAGUCCGGUGAGUUGACUAAUAUUGUUGGAGUCCCGACCUCGAAACGCACGGAGGAGCAAGCUCGCGAAUUGGGUAUUCCGCUUUCGGUGCUUGAUGAUCAUCCCAGCCUUGAUUUGGCCAUUGAUGGCGCAGAUGAGGUUGACCCAGAUCUCAAUUUGGUUAAAGGACGAGGUGGGGCUCUUCUGAGGGAGAAGAUGGUGGAGGCUGCGUCAGACAAGUUCGUGGUGGUGGCUGAUGAGACCAAAUUGGUUAGUGGGCUUGGUGGGAGUGGUCUGGCUAUGCCGGUUGAGGUUGUACAGUUCUGUUGGAAGUACAAUUUGGUGAGGCUUCAGGAGCUUUUCAAGGAGGAAGGUGUGGAAGCGAAGUUGAGAGUGGAUGGUGGAGGAAAGCCUUAUGUGACUGAUAACUCGAACUACAUAGUUGACUUGUAUUUCAAGACCCCCAUUAGAGAUGCUUUGGCGGCUGGGAAGGAGAUUUCAGCUUUGGAAGGGGUUGUGGAACAUGGGUUGUUCUUGGAUAUGGCUACUGCAGUCAUAAUUGCUGGUACAACUGGAGUCGAUGUUAAGACCAAGUGAUUUUUUUGCUCCUUUCUGCUCUUUUUUGUCUUCAUUUCUUGCUUGUUGUUCUAUGAUCAUUGGUUAGUUUCGAGCUCAUUUGUAAUCGGGUGUAGCUCGGAGAUGGGGUGAUAUGGGUACUUCUUGCAAGUUUUGUGCUUUGAUGUUUUAAUGGCAUUGUGGGAAGGAUAUGAAUAAUAGUGAUGUAAGUGGAAAUUGUGAAGUAAUAAGUUCAAGCUUAAGCUCUGCUUAUCUGAAUUUUGGCAUUGAUGCUAAAUGCUGAUGGAAAAAUCUGUUUUUUUUC